UGAAGGGGGCGGGCUGAUAAAAACAUGCUCUUCCAAAAUUAAGAACAACGACCCCGCCCAUUCCUCCUCCUUUUUUCUUUCUUUUUCUUCUUUGGUUUCGGAGAGCUGCUGCCAGAAAAAGUUGUCCGAGAGCCAGGGAAGCCUGGAGCUUUUCGCCCUUAUCUUGGAAGUCCUGGAAAGAUAAAACUCGGGAGGAUUGCGCAAAUUCAUACCACUUGAGAAACCACUAACCCAACUCGAAAAUUACGCAACGAAUUCUGCGAAGGGCCUGAGCGGAAUACAAAUCCCGGCAUGCCAUGCGGAUUCCUCGACCCUCUAUUGGUCGGCGGUUCCCCACCCUCUCGGCGCACGUGACUCCAGCCGGCUACUUCUGCUGUGGCCCCUGUUGGAGAGAUUUGUGGGGAGAGCGACUUAGCUUAGACAAGAGGGAUGGCAUCCUUGUUGGCUCUCGGGGCAUCUCAGGGCGGGCGCCGGGGUUUGCUCCUGCGAGGGGCCUUCCGUGUUCACCUGAACAGGAGCUGCCGGUCCGGGACACCGGUGAGACAACAGCAGCAGCAGCAGCAGCAACACGCGCUGGAAUUGCCCUCUGAACAGGCAAUUGCAGUCCCAAGAAGAACACAGUUCUUAUCCGAUGCUACCCCUUUUUCUGAUUUCCUGACUGAUAGCUUUGGACGCCAGCAUAACUACUUGAGAAUCUCCAUAACUGAGAAAUGCAACCUCAGAUGUCAGUAUUGUAUGCCAGAGGAAGGAAUUCAGCUGACUCCCAAAUCCGAAUUGUUGAGCACCCAGGAAAUCAUCACUCUUGCUGCGCUCUUUGUGAAGGAAGGUGUGGACAAGAUUCGUUUGACCGGAGGAGAGCCUCUUAUCCGGCCUGAUGUGGUGGACAUCAUAGCUCAGCUACGCAAAUUAGAAGGGUUGAAAACCAUCUCUGUCACAACUAAUGGGAUCAAUUUAGCCAGACUGUUACCCCGGCUAAAAGAGGCUGGUCUGGAUGCCAUUAAUAUCAGCUUGGACACCUUGGUACCAGCUAAAUUUGAAUUCAUUGUCCGACGAAAAGGAUUCCACAAGGUAAUAGAAGGAAUUCACAAAGCUCUUGAUCUUGGCUAUAAUCCUGUUAAGGUGAACUGUGUGAUUAUGAGAGGACUCAACGAAGAUGAGCUGCUGGAUUUUGUUUAUCUUACAGAAAAGCAGCCCCUGGACGUGCGCUUUAUAGAAUACAUGCCUUUUGAUGGCAACAAGUGGAACUUCAAGAAAAUGGUGAGCUACAAGGAAAUGCUGGAUACAAUUAAACAAAAAUGGCCAGACUUGAAAAAGUUGCCCUGUGAAGAAGCUUCUAGCACUGCCAAGGCAUAUAAGGUCCCACAUUUUCAAGGGCAAGUUAGCUUCAUCACUUCCAUGUCUGAGCAUUUCUGUGGAUCCUGCAAUCGACUAAGGAUCACAGCUGAUGGGAAUUUGAAGGUCUGCCUUUUUGGAAAUUCAGAAGUGUCUUUACGGGAUCACUUACGAUGUAAUGCCUCUGAAGAGGAGUUGAUCCAGAUUAUUGGGGCAGCUGUUGGCAGAAAAAAGAAACAACAUGCAGGCAUGUUCAACAUUUCCCAAAUGAAGAACAGGCCAAUGAUCCUCAUUGAGGCAAUAUCAAGGUCAUUUCCACUUCUCCAAGAUGUCCUGCAAGACCAAGUAAAUUUGAAAGAUUGGGGCCUCAGACAAGGCCACUGCCUGACUCUGAAAGAAAGUUUAUUCAAACAGAAGGGGAAAAAGUUUAAAACAAAUACGUUUACAGGACACCAUGCCUUGCCAGGAUCUUACUCAGCACGACAACUUGUAUCAAGGAUUUCACAAGCUCAGCUCAGUAGCAAUUGCUUUCUUCAGAAGAUUUUGAGCUGCAGCUUGAAUGACAAGUGCCUUUGGACAGGAACUUCUCUCUCCAAACAGGCUUCCCAUGUGACUAGAGACAUUCGUUCCAGGAUGGUAAGCCAAGCAGAGAAAGGUUGGAGAUUUCUUUCAACUGCCAAAUGUCUUGGUGCCUCUGAUUGUUUAACCCACAUUGACCGAGAAGGCCGGGUAUCAAUGGUAGAUGUUGGAAGGAAGCCAGACUCAGAAAGGAUUGCAGUGGCUUGUGCUGUGGUCCAUCUGGGUGCAAAGGUAUUCAACUUGGUGCAACAGAACCAAAUUAAAAAAGGUGAUGUGCUGACAGUGGCCCAGAUAGCUGGAAUCCAGGGAGCCAAGCUAACAAGCCAGCUCAUUCCACUGUGCCAUAAUGUCCCAUUGAAUCUGGUUGAGGUCACUCUUAGUCUAGAUGCAGAAAAACAUACCGUUACCAUUCAGGCUCUGUGCCGCACCCAUGGAAAAACUGGGGUGGAGAUGGAAGCUUUGAUGGCUGCCACUCUUGCUGCUUUGACAGUGUAUGAUAUGUGCAAAGCAGUGAGCCAUGACAUAAUCAUCGAAGAGGUAAAACUUCUCAGCAAGCAAGGAGGCCAGAGGGGUGACUUUAAGCGAGGCUGAUUAAAGUUUUUAUUCAAGAGAUCGACAUACUUUAUCCUUGGAAUACAAUUUUAGCGACAGCAUCAGCCAGUACUAGUAACCAAAAUUCGGACCAUUAACCUUACUAUAUCAUAAUCUCCUGUUUCUCUUGUUUUGGCUAAUAACGUAGGCUUAGGUCUACUCAUUUUCCUGUCUUUCAUGUAGCAACUGACCUUUUUGCCUGUAAAUUCUAAGCUCUCCCACUGCUUUGAUUUGCAGUAAUUCUAAGGAUACAUGAGUUUAGCCCUUUAUUUCUGAUUCUGUGCAAGUCCUGGUUUUCCAUUGCCUUUUAAUUGCACUACAAUAUUCACCCAGCAGGAUUUCAGCAUGAAUCUUCUGCUUGAGAAUAUUCAGAUCCAGAAUUCUCAGUUGAAUUAUGAUUUUAGUAUCGUAUCAUAUCCAAACACUAGAAAAUAUAAACUGUGAGUCACCUGGAUCACUCCCGACUAGAUAAAUACAAUUUUGAAUAGUUUAGUUUCAAUUUGUCUUUCAGAAUGGAAGGUAAAUAUUUGUUGGUUAGGAAUAGUUACAAACUAAUCUGUAUACAGUUAAAAAUACUGUAUACAUUUCUCAUUAAACUGGAUGAAAAAGUUGGUACUUCUAGUACUAUCUGUCUAAUACUACUUCUGGUACUAUCACUUCUAGCUUUUCUGGCUGAGGAACUCUGAGAGUCCACAAGUCUUAAAAGAGCCAAGUUUGCAGACCCCUGACCUAGGGUAAAUCUCUCUUCUGCAUAUAUGCAGAAGCCCAUGUCCAAGAGCAAAUGUGCCCUGGUAUGUCUAAACCUGACUGGCAUGAGGAGAUGGAAAACUGAAUGUCAGACUUGAUGCCUUCCUUUCAUAACUAAAUAAAUAACUAAAUAAUUAAAUAAAUAAAUAAAUAACCAACAAAACAAACAACCCUAAACCUCUAGAUGUUCAAGCUCAUUAUAGAUUUCAUAUUAACAUUGAAGUGGAUGUAAUUCUUUCUAAGUAAGGCACUGAGAUUGAAACAAAUAGGGCAAAAUAUCUUAAGUUUCUGGCCACAGAUGCAAUUUUGUUAUUUAUUUAUUAAAUUUUCUAGUCCAUUUUUCCCGGCCUAGGAAACUUUCAGAUGCAAGAGCCUUGAGACACAAACCAAAGUAUUUUAAUUCUGAACAUUAUUGCUUUAAAACUCAUCAAUAGCAUUUUAAAUGAAAGUAGUAUCUUUCCCUGCUCUUCUACAGGAUUAGGAGGAUACAGCGUAAGGCUCAUUUUGCUAAUACUCUUCCCAUUGUAUGUGCUCUGCAGGCAUUUGCAUAGCAAAUGCUCCUUCAAGUAGGCAGAAAAAGAAAGGUUUUAUUCAACUCAACUAGAGUUUAUGCAGAGGACAAUCAGAGUAUUAUCCUUUCAUAUAAUAAUACUCAGAAGUCGGUUUCAAGGAGAGAUAAUUUUGAUUCUCUGAAUGAAAGACCAAAGGAUUGAUAAUAUAGUGAAAUAACAGUGGCACCAAGAGACAUUUCUGCCCAAUCCCAUCAAGUGUUGGAAUUUCUCAGAUUAAAUGACCUUUAGCUUUACAUUUGAUUUUCAAACAGGUGUUUUCAUGUAACUUCUAAGGGAGCAGAGGGUGAUCAAUUAUUAUUUGUGCUAUCCAGUAAUUUAUUAUAAAGUAUUUUAAUCAAAAGCAAUUAUAGAAUAGAAUAGAAUAACAGAGUUGGAAGGGACCUUGGAGGUCUUCUAGUCCAACCCCCUGCUUAGGCAGGAAACCCUACUCCACUUCAGACAAAUGGUUAUCCAAUCUCUUCUUAAAAACUUCCAGUGUUGGAGCAUUUACAACUUCUGGAGGCACUGAUGAAUUGUUCUAACUGUCAGGAAAUUUCUCCUUAGUUCUAAGUUGCUUCUCUCCUUGAUUAGUUUCCACCCAUUGCUUCUUGUUCUACCCUCAGGUGCUUUGGAGAAUAGUUUGACUCCCUCUUCUUUGUGGCAACCCCUGAGAUAUUGGAAGACUGCUAUCAUGUCUUCCCUAGUCCUUCUUUUCAUUAAACUAGACAUACCGACUUCCUGCAACCGUUCUUCAUAUGUUUUAGCCUCCAGUCUCCUAAUCAUUUUUGUUGCUCUUCUCUGCACUCUUUCUAGAGUCUCAACAUCUUUUUUACAUUGUGGUUACUACAACUGAAUGCAAUAUUCCAAGUGUGGCCUUACUAAGGCAUUAUAAAGUGGUAUUAACACUUCACGUGAUCUUGAUUCUAUCCCUCUGUUUAUGCAGCCUAGAACUGUGUUGGCUUUUUUGGCAGCUGCUGCACACUGCUGGCUCAUAUUUAAAUGGUUGUCCACUAGGACUCCAAGAUCCCUCUCACAGUUACUACUAUUGAGCAAGGUACCACAUAUACAGUAACUGCUUUUUUUUUCUUGCCUGAAUGUAGAACCUUACUUUUUUCACCAUUGAAUUUCAUUUUGUUACAUAGUGCCCAAUGUUCUAGUCUGUCAAGAUCUUUCUGUAUCUUGAGCCUAUCUUCUGGAGUGUUGGCUAUUCCUGCCAGCUUGGUGUCAUUUGCAAAUUUGAUGAGUUCCCCAUCUAUCCCCUUGUCCAAGUCAUUGAUGAAGAUGUUGAAGAAAAAUUUUGAAACCAAUAAAAUGCUGCAAAUGAAGUGAUAUUUGGAACCCAAACAUUUGCAGCUAGAUUUGAUAAAAUCUGGUCCAUGCAGGAGCAGACUGGGUAAAAAUUGCUUGUUCUACUAUAAUAUUUUGCACUUUAAUGAAGUCCAAAAAAUGAUCAUAAAGAAGUGCCUACAUUUUGCUAUUGUGCUUAAAGGAUAAAUGAAACGUGACUCUUUUCUACAUUUAUUUUUAGUUAAUCAGAAUAAUCAUCACAAUUUCCUGGAAUUGAGGGAAAUGAUUUAUCGACCCCAAGUAGCACUCACCAUUCUAGCCUGUUCUUCAUUGCUUUGGCUGGGAUAAAAACAUUAGUUCUUGAUUUAGGAUAGAAAGUUUAUGGGAGAAUUCCUACUCCCACUUGGAAUGUGGCUAUCAUAUAAACCCGAGGGCAGACUGAUUUGUCUGCUUGAAAGAGAUAGGGUUCUUCCCAGUAUACCAAAGUUACAUAGGAGGAAAAUUGGAAUGUAACAAUGUUUGAAUUACCUUUAAAUAGUUCCAUAUAUAAGCAUAGUUGCUUUUUCCCAUUUUUUUUAAUAAAUAUAAUCUAACGUGAGGGGAUUUUACAUACAUUGUUCAUUGCCAGAGUUGAUUACCACUACAGAGAUUGUACAGUGCAAAUAACUCUUGAGUUAUUACCAUCUUUCAUUGCAAGAAGAAACGUGCUAUUCAGAGAAUGGCAUGAGCAGUCUCGGGAAGAAGCUGCCUUGCAUCGGGCCAGGACUUGUCAGCAGCAGGAUGAAAACGGCUAAGCCCAGCAGUGCCUGCAAAGUGCGGGGGUGGGGGGUUGCACUGUGGCACUAGGGUGGCUGGUCAUGACAAUGGCCUGAGGCAGUACUUCUUGGCAAUGGUGACAGCAGCACUGGAGUUGGAAUUGAGACCCGGAGUUGGGGAUGGGAACAGGCUCAGUGCCGCUGCUGCAACUGAAGAGGGAUUCUGUGCAGGCCUACCAAAAGGGCAGAGAUGGGUGGAAGGAGAGAUAAAGUGGGGGAGGGUUCAAGAGGAAGCAGAAGUUAUUAAGGCUCGAGAUUGGAAGCAACCAAGCUAGGAAUGGCUUGGAUCACCUAAGACCAGUGGCAUUCAGUUAACAAUGGCAACAUAUGAUCACAUGAUGCUUUGCUUAUUGGCCACAUUGCUUAUUGACAGAAAAUCCAGCCGUACUUAUUGUUGAAUCUCAAAGACUAGCUGUAAGGCAAUGUCAGAAGUUUUUAACCACAGCCAAUUAGUUCAGCAAUAAUCUCAAAAUCGAGAAUUGGUUCCCCAUCCUGCUCGCUGAUGUAUAAUUUAGAAAUAUGGUAUUUCCAUAAAGCUGUGAAGAUGGGACAAUCAUGACGUAUCUAAUGUCAUGAAUAGAAAGUCUGGUGAGCUUUCACCAGAAUAAGGCAAAAUACUAUCUAGAGCAGAAAUGACUUAAUCCCAAAUGCAUUGGUUGCCUUCUUUCUGAUUAUUAAAAGCUUUGUAAGAUUUCUCUUGUUGCAGCAACUCAGAAACCAUGAUGGACAUUAGUUCAGUUCCAUUUGACAUUUCUGAAAAGCCUUUUUAAAAAAACUCCCCACUUUUCUUUUUAAUUCCAAAAACCAUAAUCAAACCAUUGGUUAUGUCUCCACACCACCUUCUGUCAGUUUCUUGAUUUGGAAAUCAUCAACGGAGGACAUAGGUUGAGGAGAGUCAUUUAAAAUGAAUAUAUUUCUGUGUGAAAUACCGAUAUCAACUUUUUCUUGCCUUUUGAUUUUUAGAUUGUAUUGCAAAUGCCUUACAAAGUAAAACGAACUUUAGGGAAGAAUGUCCCAAGUUUGGAAAAAAGGAGAAUGAAAAGGAUAGAUCUCAUGGGGCUGGAAAUGGACAAUUUUGUAGAAUACAAUUUACUUUUUCCUGCACUUAGACUUUUCACACUAUUUCCAAAUAAAAAUAGUUCCUCCCUCCAAUUGUUUAUGUAAUUCAUAAACACUAUUUGUUUGCACCAAAUAGUAUUCAUUGAUUAAAUUCUCCUUAUUGCACCAAGUAGUAUUCUUCAAUUAAAUUGUCCUUGCAUAAGUUUAUCUGUUGUAAUGUGUGUAAACAUAAUGUCAGUUGAAUUACUUAGUAAGAGCAAUAGUUCAAGUUUAUACUUGACAAGAGGGCUUUAAUCACAGGAUGAUUGCUGUGGUCAUUCCAUGUUUUUUCAAUUGCAGAGGUUAGUUACAUGACGCCAUUUAAUGGAGACCACUGACCAACAGAUUUUUUUUUCUUAAAUGACCGUAAUUUGAGAAAAACAAAUGCUUGUUUGAUAGCUCACAAUGUUUUGGCUAGUUGAAAUAUUAUGUUUUAAAAUUGAUUUAAUAUAUAUAUUCUGGCUCCUAGGCCAAAUUGUGAUGUGUUACUUCAGCCUUAUGUUACGUUGGUGCUAUCUCUCAAUGUCUCUUUAGAGUUGUUCCCCUUAAUGUAUGUUUCUGUGCAUCCAGGUAAUUUUAGCUAUAAGAUUUUAGCUUUAGCCUGAAUGUGACUGUGAUUUUUUUAUUGUUGUUUAAUUUGUUCACCAAAUUUCAAUUCUGUGUGAGAACAGAAAACAGAAAAUGGCUAUAAUCACAGACAGAUCUGAUGUAUACUCCUUGUUAUUCCAUCUUUAAGUCUUUCUGAAUGGAAUGAAGGAUGUCAUAUUUGUCCUUAUCUGGGAAGAGAAAUGAACUGUUGCUGCUUCUCAUUGCUAUGUAUUUUCCUACAUGUCCUGUAUAUGGUGAAAAGUAAUAACACAUUUUUUUAAUAAGUGCACUUGAUAAGAAGCAUAGGAAAUAUGUAAGUAUGAAGCAUAUCAUUAGAUUUUGUUCCUUCCUGUGGUAUCAGAGAAUAUCAAGUGUCUUGAGAUCACUGAAUCUUAUAUAAAUCUCUGAUGACAUGAGAAAUUGUUCUGCACACAUUCCUGUGAUAUGAGCGCGAUAAACAAGAAUGCAACUAUUGGAAAGAUGUUUUACUUGUUUCCUCUGCACCAGUAACAUUUUCUAACAUUACAGGAUGAUGGUUUGUUUAGGGAUGUCCAAUCACUGUUAAAAUCUUAAUACAUUUUACAUUGUGUUGCUUGACUACUAUACUUUCAGUCAUUAAGUCUGUAAUUUAAUGUAAACAGUAUAGGACAGCAGAUACUUAAAUUAAAAAUGUAUCUUUUCUGAAGUUUGGUUUUUCAUGCAUAAAUGUAGUGACUUAAUGUAAAGUAAAAGGGCUUCAGAAUUAAUUUUAUUGAAAGAAAACUCAGAAUUUACAAUGAUUCAGUAUGCAUUGUGUUGAUUUCUGAAAAAUCUGUGCACUGAUAACAGGGUAUUUAGAUAGGUUUGUUUUAAAAAAAUUAUAACCUGCCUGUUAGUAAAUAGAUUGGAUUUCCUUAUUGUGGUUUUGGGAAGGGAGUCCUAAUUUUUCAUGCUUAUAUUCAGAGUAGCUAAUGAUGUUUUUUGAUGCUUUCAUUAUAUGUCUAUAUGGAUAUAUCUUGGAUAUAUGCACAAAUGGGAACGGUUUCCAGGUAAUGAAAAGUUUAUACAGAUUUGCUGAGGUUGUACUAAGAAUGUUCUUUUUAAAAUAAAUAAAUAAAUAAAUAA